AUGAAAUUCCCAAUUCUCACUCUUCUUGCUGGCGCUGCUGUAGCCGCCGAGACUUUGAACCUCCAAGUGGUUUCCGACAAUGAGGACCUCAACGGUAAGGGGAUUCAGGCCCUCCACGAAGGAGCCGGAUUUGCUUACUUCAAUGUGAUUGACCAGCUUGGCCAGGAGUUCACCUACGACGCUGACAAGAAGUUGCUCUACCAGAAAGAAGGCAGCUACUUAGCAAAUGUUGGCGACAUGUUUGAUUUUCUCGCAAUUGGCGGGGCUGUUACUCCAGGACAAGUCAUUUUUAAUGAGAAAGGUGAGCUUGACAUUGGAAAGCAGGUUUACGCGUGCAAGAAUGUGAAUGAUCCCUACCACUACUUCGAUUCUAGCUAUGGUCUUCUCCUUCAUGCUCCCAACGAAAGCUGUGUUAAGGUUGCCCUCAAGAAUGUUGGCGGUGAGUAA